UAGUAGACCAAUUGACAGGUACCCAUACCUUAUAUAUAUAUGCACCUAUCUCCACACUCAAAACUCAAAUAAUCCCCAACAAAAGAAAAUUAAAAGGAAAAAAUUAAAAAAAUAAAAAAGAGGGGAAAAAAUGUUGGAAGAGGAAAAUGGAGUAGACCCAAGGCUGCAAGCUAUCUCAGCUGCCAUCAGAGUUGUUCCAGACUUCCCAAAACAAGGUAUCAUGUUUAAUGAUAUAACCACUUUGUUGCUCCACCCAAAAGCAUUCAAGGAUGCAGUGGAAAUAUUUGUUGAUCGAUACAAAGACAUGGGCAUCUCAGCUGUUGCAGGUAUCGAAGCAAGAGGAUUCAUAUUUGGCCCUCCAAUUGCUUUAGCUAUUGGUGCAAAGUUUUUACCGCUACGCAAGCCUAGAAAAUUGCCAGGUGAAGUUAUUUCAGAAGCUUAUGAGCUCGAAUACGGCACUGAUUGUUUGGAAAUGCAUGUGGGAGCCAUCGAACCUCAAGAACGCGUAAUAGUUGUAGAUGAUUUGGUGGCUACUGGGGGAACACUAUGUGCUGCAAUGAGACUUCUAGAGCGUGCUGGUGCUGAAGUGGUUGAGUGUGCUUGUCUCAUUGGGGUACCUAAGUUUAAGGGUAGAUGUAGGCUCAAUGGAAAGCCAGUAUUUACACUUGUGGAAUGCCGUCGAUAAAAUAAUACAAUCAGGGAACCAUCACGUUCUGUCAAAUUUGGAAGCCGAUGUAGCAAGGAAUAACUGGUCAUUGUUGAGGCAAACGGGAGCACAAUAGUUUGAUCCU